AUGAUAGAAGUCAAGAAUUCCCAAAAAUCAUCUGUACCAUCUGACUGGGUUAUGAUUAGUAGCACAAAAGCUGUCAGCCGUUUCCACUCUCCUUUUAUUAUAGAAAAUUACAGACAUCUGAAUCAGCUCCGGGAGCAGCUCAUCCGUGACUGCAGUGCUGAAUGGCUAAAUUUUUUAGACCAUUUUAGUGAACAUUAUCACCCUGUGUCUAAAGCGAUUGGUCACCUAGCAACUGUUGACUGUCUGUUCUCAUUGGCCCAGGUGGCUAAACAAGGAGACUACUGCAGACCAACUGUGCAAGAUAAUCGUAAAGAAAUAAUUAUAAAAAAUGGGAGGCACCCUGUGAUUGAUGUACUACUAGGAGAACAGGAUCAGUAUGUUCCGAACACCACUAACCUUUCAGGCAAUGGUGAAAGGGUCAUGGUAAUAACUGGACCCAACAUGGGAGGGAAGAGCUCCUAUAUAAAGCAAGUUGCACUUAUCACAGUCAUGGCACAGAUUGGUUCUUAUGUUCCUGCAGAGGAGUCAACAAUUGGUGUUGUGGAUGGUAUUUUUACCAGAAUGGGUGCAGCAGACAACAUUUACAAAGGCCGAAGUACUUUUAUGGAAGAACUGUCAGAUACUGCUGAGAUAAUAAGAAAAGCAACUUCAAGAUCACUGGUAAUUUUGGAUGAAUUGGGAAGAGGAACUAGCACACAUGAUGGAAUCGCCAUUGCUUAUGCUACACUUGAACAUUUUAUUAAAGAUGUGGAGUCACUGACACUGUUUGUCACCCACUAUCCCUCAAUUUGUGAGUUAGAGAAGGUGUACCCAGAAAAGGUCGGUAAUUACCACAUGGCUUUCUUGGUGAAUGAAGAGGAAAGUGCUGAACAAAAAGGAUAUGAAGAUGAAGAGAAUCCUGAAUUUAUCACUUUUCUUUAUCAAAUAACUAAAGGAGUCUCUGCAAGGAGUUAUGGGCUCAAUGUUGCCAAACUGGCAGAUAUUCCUGAAGAAAUAUUGAAGAAGGCAGCUCACAAAUCAAAGGAGUUGGAGACAACAGUGAAUAUGAAAAGAAAAAAGCUGAAGUCUUUUGCUGAAGUAUGGAAGAUAACUAAUUCUCAGGAACUACAAAAAUGGAAGAGUAUGUGUGAAUGUGAAGAUGAAAAAAAGGACAAUUUUUAA